AUGGCGGCGGGUUGCUGCGGGGUGAAGAAGCAGAAACUGUCCAGUUCGCCCCCCUCCGGCUCGGGUGGCGGUGGUGGCGCCUCCUCCUCCUCCCACUGCAGCGGCGAGAGCCAGUGCCGAGCGGCCGAGCUGGGACUCGGAGGCGCCGGUCCGCGGCUCAACGGGCUGGGAGGGCUGACCGGAGGAGGUAGCGGCAGCGGCAGCGGCUGUACUCUCUCUCCCCCCCAGGGCGGCGGCGGCGGCGGCGGCGGGGGGCUCUCCCUGUCGCCACCUCCGAGCUGCGGAGUGGGGACCCUACUUUCUACCCCGGCCGCCGCCACCUCUUCCUCGCCCUCCUCUUCGUCCGCCGCCUCGUCCUCCUCGCCGGGUUCCCGGAAGAUGGUGGUGUCCGCGGAGAUGUGCUGCUUCUGCUUCGAUGUGCUCUACUGUCACCUGUACGGAUACCAGCAGCCUCGGACCCCCCGCUUCACCAACGAGCCCUACCCACUGUUUGUAACAUGGAAGAUUGGUCGAGACAAAAGAUUGCGUGGAUGCAUAGGUACUUUUUCUGCCAUGAAUUUGCAUUCAGGACUCAGGGAGUACACACUUACCAGUGCCCUUAAAGAUAGCCGUUUCCCCCCAAUGACAAGGGGCGAGCUGCCACGGCUUUUCUGCUCGGUGUCUCUGCUCACUAACUUCGAAGAUGUCUGUGAUUAUUUGGAUUGGGAGGUGGGUGUACAUGGCAUUAGAAUAGAAUUCAUCAAUGAAAAAGGAUCAAAGCGCACCGCCACCUACCUACCGGAGGUUGCAAAGGAGCAAGGAUGGGACCACAUUCAGACCAUAGACUCCUUACUGAGGAAAGGAGGAUACAAAGCUCCGAUUACUAAUGAAUUCAGGAAAACCAUAAAACUGACCAGGUACCGUAGUGAAAAGAUGACCCUGAGCUAUGCUGAAUACCUUGCUCAUCGCCAGCAUCAUCAUUUCCAAAAUGGCAUUGGGCAUCCCCUGCCACCAUACAACCAUUAUUCCUGACACUGAGCCGCACAACCAGUCCCUGGGCCUCUCUGCAGACCUCUUCCCGGGAGACCCUGCCCCUUCGUGGUCUAGCUAUCUCUUUGACUGUACUAUUUUAUGAUGAUAGUUGCCGUUACUGUGAUGAAGUUUGGACAUAGUCAGGCUAGAUCAUCAUGGUAACGGGUAGGAAAAAUGGCAUCUGUUAAGAAGAUCCUAUUUGAUUCUUUUGCUCGUUGAUUUUUUUUUUUUUUGCAGCAUAUAUAACUUUUGGGGUUUGAUUUCCUACAAGAGUAUAUCGAAUUUGGCUUUUUCUAUCAAAAUCAGGGUUCUUUCUCUAUUUUUCUGUCUUUCUGUCUGUCCGUCCAUCCAUCCUCCCUCCCUCUGCCUGUCCCUCCCUGCUUCCCUUCCUUUCUUCAACUGUGGAUGGAAGAAAGUACGUAGUUUUUAAGGAUCGUAUUUCGGUUCUUCUGUAGUUUUCUCAGUAAGUUGAGUUUGGGAGUCAUUCCUCUCAAAUAUCAGGUCUUCGUAUGGUACUCUUGGGUUUGUCUGAGCUUCGCUGUGUUAUUAGCUUCAUAGGUGGGUGUUCACUCCUUCAAUAGAUGUUUUCCCAUGGCUCAGAUUCAUGAUUCAGAUUCAGAUUCUAGUAGCUAACCUUCAGAGGUCCAGGAGGGAGGGCUUGUCACAGAGCCUGAGAAACCACGGAUGCCUACCGUACUGGUUCUCAGAGGAGAGACUGCCUCAUCACGUUGUGGAUUAACUUACCAACUAAAACAUUUUUUUAAAAGUGCAAACUACCUUCCAGAUAUGCCACAGAAAUCACUUUGAAGAGCAGUGACUAUUAGGAAGAGAGCAGAUAGAGAAUUCAGUGCCUUUAAAAAGGGUAUAAUUAAGUGGAGUUA